AUGGAUAUCAAAAUUCAACGUUUUGUAGCAGACCAGGCUUUAAAGAUUUGUUUUUCAAACUAUUCAUCUGUUGAAGUCCGAAAAGUGAAAUCUGGUGUAAUAUGUGCCGCGUUGUGUGUGCAUCAACAAUCAUGUUGUUCUUCUGGUUUUGAUAAACAAACUGGAGAAUGUUUUCUAGACCAUGCUUGUUUUCCUGAAUGUGUCCCAUCACAUAAUGCAACAUUCGUAAGAAAAGUAACAUAUAAAACUGAAGAUUACGAAACAACAGUCUCUGAAUGUACAAGCGAAAAGACAACAAAGAUUGCCAUAUCGAGCGAAAGAGCCUCCCACAGUGUCACAACAAGCGAACGAACAACAAACCAUGGCACAACAAUGGAGAAAUUAACAAGACAAACACCAACAAGCAACGGACUUGACAUGACGAGCGAAAGAACCAGCCUCAGUGUCACAACAAGCGGACGGACAACAAACCAUGGCACAACAAUGGAAAAACUAACAAGCCAAAAGCCAACAAGCAACGGACCUGACUGUAGCGGUGUUUCUGUUGGAAGUUCUAGUGGUGUUUACACUAUAUAUGUUGACUAUCAAUCUCUCGAUGUAUACUGCGAAAUGGCAGGUUCUGAUCAAUGGACGGUGUUUCAAAGAAGAAUAGAUGGUUCAACAGAUUUCUACAGAACUUGGCAGGAGUAUAAACAGGGAUUUGGGAAUUUGAAUGCGGAAUUCUGGUUAGGGAAUGAAAAUUUACAUAAGAUCUUAUCUACAGGGAACUACAAACUAAGAGUUGAUCUAGAAGAUUGGGACGGUGAGAUGCGGUAUGCUGAAUAUGAUACGUUUGAUGUAGGCAGUGAAGAUACAAACUACGAAAUCACUAUUGCAAAUUAUAAUGGAAAUGCUGGCGACAGUCUUACUGCAGCAGAUAUAUCAUACCCACCAAAUGGAUAUGGUUUCUCAACAUGGGAUAGAGACAACGAUAGACCAUCCUUUCUUAAUUGUGGAGAACUAGAACAAGCUGGCUGGUGGUUCAAUUGGUGUACUGAGGGCAAUCUAAAUGGGAAGUAUUACAAUGGUGGAGUAAUUAAGGGUGACGGGAUAUACUGGACAGCCUGGAAACUGUCGGAAUAUUCUCUCAGGAAUGUUUCGAUGAAAAUAAAACAAGUUUGA